UAUAUAUAUCUCAAACACCAACACGUGUUGCCAUUUCAAGCACCCGACUUAAAUGAUCCAAUAAAGAAAUCGUGCCUAUUCGCCGCAAUGAAAAAACAAAAGAAAAUAGUUUUGUUAGUUCAAUACAUCAAAUAAAAAGCCCACAAAAAAACCAUUUCAACUUCACUAUACUACUAAUCACACUUUUCUGGGCUUGAAAACUCCAUGCAUUUCAGAACUUCAAUUCACACUUUAUCUCUCCUCCAUCUUCUUCUUCGCUGAGUGAGUUGUUCUUCCCCAAAUCAGUGAAGUCUGAAUGCAUCACUUCAUCUUAUCCCCCAAAUUCCUAAUUUCUUCCAAUGUCUUCUUCCCCUCACUCUCUCUCCUCCCUCCCACAAACCCUAAUUCAAUAAUCCCAUCAAAUUCAUCUAAAACCCUCAGAAAUUCCAUCGUUAAUUGCAGAGGAAUUGAAGUUUCGGUCCUAAGUAAUCACUUAAAUUCGCUCAGUUCUUCGAAUUAUAAUGGCUCAAUUGGAAAUGAGAAGUUGAGAAAUGUAGAUGUUAAAGAUGUUGAUAUUGCGACGCUUGGAAAUCUUUGCGUCGACAUUGUUCUUAAUAUUCCUCAGCUUCCCCCGAAGCCAUUAUCUGAAAGGAAAGCUUACAUGGAUUCUCUGUCAUCUUCUCCUCCUGAUAAGCAAUAUUGGGAAGCUGGUGGCCACUGUAAUACAGCCAUUGCAGCAGCCAGACUGGGACUACGAUGCCGCGCAAUUGGUCAUGUGGGUAAUGAAAUCUAUGGAAGUUUUCUUCAGAAUGUGCUACAUGAUGAGGGAAUCGGUUUUGUGGAGAUGGUUGAUGAUCUCGAAGCUGUUAAGAGUGUAACCGAAGCAUAUCAAACCCUCCUUUGCUGGGUUUUGGUGGAUCCUAUGCAUAGGCAUGGUUUUUGCAGCCGAGCAGAUUUUAGUGACGAGCCUGCUUUUAGCUGGAUAAAUGAGCUCUCAAGGGAUGUAAAAUUGGCCAUCAAAGAGUCAAAGAUUUUGGUGGUCAAUGGGUAUGGUUUUGAUGAGCUCUCCCCUGGUUUUAUAGUGUCUGCUUUGAAGUAUGCUGUGGAAGUUGGGACUUCUGUCUUCUUUGAUCCUGGACCAAAGGGGAAAUCUCUAUCUAUGGGAUCUCCUGAAGAACAAAUUGCCCUUAAUGAGCUUUUGAAGAUGAGUGAUGUUCUUCUUCUAACUUCUGAUGAGGCUGAAUCCUUAACUGGCAUUGGGAAUCCAAUAUUAGCUGGGCAAGAGCUGCUCAAAAGAGGGUCAAGGACCAAAUGGGUCAUCAUCAAAAUGGGAUCGAAGGGUUCAAUACUUGUCACUCUCUCUGGGACAUCUUGUGCCCCAUCAUACAAGGUGAAGAUCAUUGACACUGUUGGCUGUGGGGAUAGUUUUGUGGCUGCUGUGGCAUUUGGUUUCGUGCAUGAAAUGCCUAUGAUUCACACAUUAGCUAUAGCUAAUGCAGUUGGUGCUGCCACAGCUAUGGGCUGUGGUGCUGGCAGGAAUGUUGCAACCUUGACAAAAGCAAUGGAACUUAUCAAAGCUGGUGAUUUAAAUGAGGAUGACAAAUUUUGGAGGGAUCUUCUUGAUAAAACUGCAGAGGUUCAGGAAUUUACUUUGCUCUCAAAGAAAGUAAUAAAUGAGAAAGAUAGUAAUUUGAAUUGUGUGUCCUUCGAAAAGAUAUUUCCUGAAAUAACAAGUAAGCUUGAAUUAGCCAAGUUAUUCACUAAAGUCUUCUCGUCUGAAUCAUAGUCAAUUUCUAGCACAGCACAUACCAGUAUUGAUUGUUGGCAUCUUGCCCCAUUCUCCACCCCAUCCCUCCACCUUUUGUAUUCUAGGAUAGGCCGGGUGAAUUUUGGUUCACUGUUCAUGAUCAUCUCUACGUAACAAACUGCUAAUAGAUGCAGAAAUGUUAGCGGAGGAAGUGUUAGCAGAGUUAUUGAAUUUUUGUAACUAGAUUUGCAAGGAUAUGUACUUAGAUUGCCACCAUAUUGGUAAAAAAUAGGGGUCUGUGUCUGCCACAUUGGUGACUGGUGUAUAAAAACUAUUUCUGGCGAUAUUUUUGUAUUUAGAGAGCGACGGGGACAAAGACACCCUGAACUAAAGCCGGUACCUGUAUUGCGACUACAUACUUGUAUUUGUUCAAGCAUUAUUCUGCUAUAUAUUAUACUGUGCUGAUUGGCAGGGCAACUGCCAACAAAAUGAUUGAUUAUGAA